GGUAUCAUAAUAUUAUCAUCCAUAUACGAGAGGAAUUUCAUGUAUUAUACUACUAAUAAUGCAGUUAUUAUUGUCUAUAAUUUUUCAUUAAACUUAAAUAAUUUUUCGUUAAACUUUUGUUAAUGUUAAAGAGAAUUUUUUCUGGUAAUCUUGAUAACUGUAAAAUUGAUCUACAUCCAAGAAAUUUAAGACAUUAACAAUUAAUAAUGGAGAAUUUAGCUACAUCAACUGAAAAUAUGGAAUUUGAUGGCGCACAGUUAGCUAGUAUUAAAGAAAUAUUCAAGUCAUACAAUCGAUUAACUGAAAUUUGUUUUAUGGAUUGUGCAAAAGAUUUUACAGUAGGGGAUCUAAAAAGUGAUGAGGAAAAAUGUGCUCAAAAUUGUACCAAUAAAUUUCUGAAAGCAUCUGAGAGAAUGACUCAACGUUUUCAAGAGUAUCAAAUGUCUAUGAAUGAACAUUUGUUAACUACUCAACAAAGUGUAAAAUAAUAAAUAUAAUUGUAUAAUAACUGUCAAUUUAGAAUAUAUAAUAAAAGUUAUUACUUGUUUUUUUA